AUGCCACCCAGACUCUGGCCAUUGAGUCUUCCAAGACACCUCAAUCGGCCAUUGUGCCGGUACGCCAGCUCGGGACGGGUCAUCCAAGAACACGAUGUAAUCGUCCUCCGCCAGCGCGGCGAUCGCGAAGCCAAAUUCCACCUUUCCCCUCCCCUGCGCAGGGACGGCAAGAUCAAACUCAGCUACGGCGCAAGGCUCGACGGCUCAGACGUUAUCGGCAAGACCUUCACCGACGCCGUCAAGGACACCACCGGCCGCGAUGUGAGGCUGCAACAAGUCACCCUGGCGCAAUACGUCUCAAACUCCCAACGGGUCGCGACGCCGAUCUACCCCCAAGACGCCAGCGUGAUCGUCUCCGUCCUCGACCUCAACCUGCCGUCCCCCGGCGAGGACCCGGACUUUGACGACGGCCCGCCGGUCGAGAUCUUCGAGGCCGGCACCGGCAUGGGCGCGCUGACGCUGCACCUCGCGCGGGCGAUCCACGGCGCGAACCCGCCCGUGCCGCUGAAGCUGCGCGAGGCGCUGUGCACGGCGGAGUACGAGAGGAACACGCUCCCGCGGAAGCCCGCGACGGACGACGAUGCGCCGGAAUAUGCGCACUCGCCGCACGCGCUGCAGAUUGCUGACCCGGAACUCGCCGAGAUGCACGCGAAGCACGCCGCCAGCCGCCGCGCGAUCCUUCACACCCUGGACAUCAACCCGACGUCGAGCCGCAUGGCCCACAAGCUCGUCAGGUACUUCCGGCGCGGCCUGUACCUCUCCGACGUCGACUUCCACGUCAGCACGAUCCGGUCGUACCUCUCGUCCCGCCUCGCCGAGAAGGGCGGCGAGCCGUUCCUCGCGCACGUCAUCCUGGACCUGCCGGCGUCGCAGGAGCACGCGGACGUUGCGGUGCAGGCGCUGCAACCCGGCGGGAAGAUGGUGGUGUUCUACCCCUCCAUCACGCAGAUCCUCGAGUUCGAGAUGUGGGCCAAGGAUACGGGCCAGCCGCUGGUCCUGGACCGCGUCGUCGAGCUGCACACGUCCACGUCAAACAGCGAUUCCGGGUUCAAGGAUGCCCUCGGCGGAAGGAACUGGGAGGUCAAGGCCGUCGGCAUCCGCAAAUUUGAGCGGGCCGGGGACACCGGGCCCGCGUCGAGGGGGUAUGUCUGCAGACCCAAGGUCGGCACCCUCGUUGUUGGAGGUGGCUUCUUGGCUGUGUUUAGCAGGAUAACAAAGAAGUCUUCUGUUGAGGAGGUGGUGGAGGAGGUUGAACAAACAGAGUCUGAAGAGGCUGAGACGACUGAACAGCAAUCCGAGGAGGAACCUUCAAGGCCCCAGUGA